AUGGUGAAGGUUCGAGCUCCGAUGGGCUCGGGUCGUCGACGAACUGAAAGCGUUGGACCGGGCCAUCAAACUCCGCUCACAACCGGCACCGUGGUCCGGUGGAGUGCCGUGGGAAUCCUGGUAACCUGCUCGGUGCUGGUGUUGAUCCUACCGUGGCCUCUGCCUUACGAGCAAACCGUCGAUGAGAUCAUGGAGGAGCGCUCCGGGUACCUUCAGGAACAGUGCCGCAUGAUCGCGGAAGCCACUGGGAACGGGUCGGACCAUCUUUUUCCCGCAUCUGGUGGUUCCCGACAGUACCAGCAGCCGUUUCACAACUACUUCCUCCAACCGCGGCUCGGGUUGCUCUGGUGUUCGAUCAGCAAGGUGGCCUCCACGACCUGGAUGUACCAGUUCAAUCGGUGGGCCGGUGUACCGGGAGAAAAGAUCGCAUACGCGGCGAGCGAUCUGAAGGCGCUGGCACGCAUGUACUAUCCCGUGCCAACGCGGACGGAAGUUCAGCAGAUGAAGCAGAACCCGGAGCAGUUCGCUGAAUCGCCUGUGGUGCGGUUCCUGCUGGUACGUGACCCGAUCGAUCGGUUCGUCAGUGCGUACGAAGAUCUGAUCGUACGUCCGCAGAGCGCCAACUAUCGUAACCUGCGGCGGUUCAUCUUCCGGGAGGUGCACGGUGUCGACGUACCGGCCGGGACCACACAGAGUGGCAACGCCACGUCUCUGCCGGUGCCGAGCUUCAGCGACUUUACCGAGUUCGUGUUGCGCAAGACCAGGGUGCUGGAUCCGCACUGGAACACCUACUACAACCUGUGCGAUCCGUGCUUCCUGCAGCCGACCGUGAUCGUCAAGCUGGAAACGUACGAGCGGGACGUCACCUAUCUGCUGCAGCGGCUCAACCUAACCUCAACCCCCGGCGCCGGCGAUCGGUUCGAGGUACACCGGCUGAAUGUAAAUAACCAUCGGGCGUCCGCCGGGGACUUCCAAGGCGAUCCUGAAGCGAAGCGGGCUUCCACGAUGGCUCGCUUGGUGGAGCUGAGUGGCGAACAGUUCGAACGGUUGUACCGCCGGUACGAGCUGGACUUUCGGUUGUUCCAGUAUGACGCGAGCCAAUACUUUGCACUGUUCCGCGAUGACUGAUGGGCGAGACUGAGUCAACGGUUUUUUCUCCAGCGAUGGGAAAGUAGGAUACAGUUAUU